GGGCCCUGUUGCAGCUCACAUCUCGACCCGCGGUCGCGACGUUGAUGCUGAUCCCGAAUGUGCUGUUGACGACAAAUUGGCUGAGGGUGUCCGGCCGUAAUAGACAAGAUGGUGUUCAUAUUCGGAGUUAACUUCAACGAACAGAAGCUCGUCAAGAAAGCGCUUCAAUCAUUCUAUGCCCUCGGCCCGCAAACAGCGGACCGCAUUUUGGCGAAAUACUCGAUUUUCCCCGGGGCUAAGAUCGGCACCCUGCCGCCCAAAACCCUCACAGCCCUAACCGCCGAACUGUCGACGAUGAACAUCGAAAGUGACGCCAGGAGGGUGCUCCAAGACAACAUCAAGCGGCUACGUGAUAUGGGGACAUACCGUGGUAGGCGACACGCCAUGGGAUUGCCGGUGCGCGGCCAACGGACAAGGAACCAAACCCAGUCAGCCAGGAAACUCAACAAGGUCGAACGGUGGGGUUAAAGAAGGGAAAGGAGGCCCCGGGGUGUUGGUUUGGAUCGCAGGUUUGGGCGAGAUAUUCGACAUGAUGUUCGCCCCUGUGCGGGCCGUGCAGGAGAUUCGGGGUUCGCGGGCGCAUUGAGGUCGAUAGACGA